UCCCAGCACUGCAUUUCAUUGACAUUGCGUGUAUGUGUUGUGUAUCCCUUCAGCCUUGAGUUUCACUUCACUUUCAAUUAACGCCGCAUAUCUCUCCUUGCAUUGCAUUUCCCUCUCUCUUCGCCAAAACCAUGUCUCCUCCGUUGUCCUCCAUCAAACCCCAAGACUAUGCUCACAGCCCCGUUCACUACGCCGUCGCUUUAGGUGAUCACACUACUCUUUCUAGACUCGUUUCUGCUCUCCCUCGCCUCGCUGAUCCUUCUCAAAUCCACACCGACGCUGAUUCUAUCAUCCAGGAGCGACUUGCUGAUCAGAUCUCUGCUGUUCUCGACCGCCGCGAUGUUCCCUUCCGUGAGACACCUCUUCAUCUUUCUGUUAGGUUAAAUGACUCCUUUGCUGCCCGUACUCUUGCUGCUGCUGGCGCUGAUGUUUCGCUUCAAAACUCUGCUGGUUGGAAUCCUCUUCAGGAGGCUUUGUGUCGCCGGAACUCUGAAAUUGCAUCCAUUUUACUUCGUCUCCACCAUCGCUCUGCUUGGGCUAAGUGGCGCCGACGCCUGCCGCGUGUCAUUGCUGUGCUUCGCAGAAUGCGGGAUUUUUACAUGGAAAUUUCCUUCCACUUUGAGAGCUCUGUCAUUCCUUUCGUCGGAAAAAUUGCUCCUUCCGACACCUACAAGAUCUGGAAGCGAGAUGGAAAUCUCCGAGCGGAUACUUCGCUAGCCGGCUUUGACGGCUUGAAGAUCCAGCGCGCAGACCAGAGCUUCCUCUUUCUCGGUGAUGGUGACCAAAUCCACAACAUUCCUUCAGGUUCUUUGCUUGUGCUGAACCGUGACGAUCGCAAAAUCUUCGACGCGUUUGAAAAUGCGGGAGCUCCGAUGAGUGAGUCUGACAUUGCGGGAUUCUGCUCCCAGACCAGCGUUUAUCGGCCUGGAAUGGACGUCACAAAGGCUGAACUGGUUGGCAGGACAAACUGGAGAAGACAAGAGAAGACAGAAUCCGUAGGAGAAUGGAAGGCUAAAGUCUAUGAAGUGCACAAUGUGGUUUUCAGUUUCCGGUCGCGCAAAGUUGCUCAUAGCGAAAACGAAGUCGCUGGGAGCGAGCAAGUCUUACCUUUAGAGCUCGACGAAGAUGACGACGGAUUUUUAGUCGCGGAGAAUCCUAAUUUUGGGUUUAACAAUGAUAGGAGGAGGCACAGUAGUUUUGUGAGAGAGGAGAGAGAGUGGGUGACGGUGGGGAGGAAAAGUGUGGACAUAAUCCCGUCGUCAUCGUCGGCAAUGAUAGCGCCACAAAGAAGAUCGGCAGUUACGAUAGCGCCGGCGCCGCAGACGAAAGAGAAGGAAUACGUGAGGAGUCUGAGACCGUCAGUUUGGUUAACGGAACAUUUUCCCUUAAAGACAGAGGAGUUACUGCCAUUACUUGAUAUUUUGGCCAACAAAGUGAAGGCCGUGAGGAGGAUGCGGGAGUUGCUGACCACCAAAUUCCCGGCGGGGACGUUUCCGGUUAAGGUGGCAAUUCCGGUGGUCCCUACAGUGAGAGUGGUGAUAACAUUCACAAAGUUUGUUGAGCUACAACCAACUGAACAAUUCUACACACCACUUUCAAGUCCUAGACAUUUUGUUCACGGAGGAAGAGUAGCAUCAUCAUCAGAGGAUGAUCAGAAAUCAGAUACCCAUUAUUCAUUGCUGCCGUCCACCUCGUCAUCGAUCUCAACAGGGUGGCUGAGGCGAAACAACAGCCAUUCAGCUAGCAAGCAGCAUCAGCGUUGUCCUCCUCCUUCAAUGGGGCACCAAGAAGCGGAUCCAUUUGCUAUACCUAGUGGAUAUACGUGGACGAAUGCUGAUGAUAAGUCGAGCAAAAUGAAGAAAUCUAAGUCAGUAAGGAAAUCUAAGUAAUUGAUCGUAUUCAGGAAGAUGGUGAAAAACUAAAGGGAGGAAACGAAAUUCAAGUAAGGGAAAGAAAGAAAGAAGGAAAAUGAUAACCUUGGUUGGUCAUGGAUCACUUUGUAUUACUCCACGUGUUUUGGGCUUGCAAAAGUAUAGUGGUAGAAUGUAGAUAUACCAUCUGGCUUAGUGCUUAUUCAAAUCAUGGAUUGGUCUAUGAGAUUCUGGCAACAUUAUGAUUAGAAGGUGACUGGGUUGACUUACCAA